AUGAUGGCAUUAUCAACUUCUUCCUUCAUCAACUCCUCACCAAUGCCAAAGGCAUCAAGAUUCUCCACAAGUCGGAUAAUAAUGAAACCGAACUCCAUUAAUGUGCGGGCAUCGAGGCUUGUGGACGAGAACAUGAUCGUUCUCCGCAAGAGAAUACACGAGACAAUUAUGAGGACAAGCGAAGGCCCGCCGAGCGAAUGGAUGGAUUGGGAGAAGGAACUCUACGCGGGUUAUGAUUCCAUGAUAUGCGACGUUGUGGGCCACCUGCAAUCGUUUUUGAUGGACACGAGGCCUGGCGUGGCCUUGGGAAUGGCCACACUAAUUGCUCUAAGCCUACCAAUUUCAACUCUAUUGCUUGUUUAUAAUUUGUUGAUGCUCAUUAAAGGUUGCUUAUAA